UGUUGUGGCGGUGAGGGAGUGCUGAGGAAGACCACCGUGGCCACGAGGAGGGCAGCAGCAGGGCCGAGUACACCCCGUGGCGGCGGGCAGGCUAUGACCCGCGCGGCCUGGAGAGUGUAGUGAGGCAACCUUCAGGCAGAGCACAGCUGGGGAGUGAUGGCGCUGCUGCGGGCGCCGGCUGGGGGCUGGGGGCUGUGCCUGGGCCGCCUUGGGGCCGGCCAGCCCCUUGGAUCCCUGGUGGCCGCCUUUCACGCUGAGGCGCCCCUGACGGAGUACACGGCCACGCCCGCCUACCCCGCGGUGGUGGACCUGUCCCGCGCGGCCAACCGGCGCCGGCAGAAGGAGGAGUGGCACGCCAGGGUGACGGGCCUGCCCACGGUGGAGCAGAAGGCCGUGGAGCUCAACAUGCCCAAAUACUACGGCCACUGGUCCUGCCACGUGCACGACACCAAGCCCAUGCUGCUGGGUGCUGACUUCUGCCAAUUUGCUACGAGGACCCACGUGGCUCAGGGGCUGCCGCAGGACUACUAUGGGGAAGUGUGGGAUGCAGCGAUGGCAGCAGCGGGCAAGGUGACCGACCAAGUGGAGCAGCUGAUUGACCUCAACUAUAACAUGCAGUUGAACAGGCGUAUCAAGGGCACUCCCGCCACACACAAGCGGCGCCAGACUCAGAAUUUCCUUGCUGGGCUGCACCGAGUCCUGGCUGGGGCCCUGCAGGACACACCCCACAUCAGGGACGCCACGAUUGACCUCAAGCCACGCAUUGAGGCGUUCUGGUUCCUGGGCAGCAUUCCGCCAGACCGCAUGCUGAGGAAGAGCCGUGCCAACCUGCCCUGGGUCAAGGAGCUGGAGCACGAGCCCGUCGACAGGCCAAUCCAAGGCAGCAGCUCUCCCUUUCUUGGGGUGCGUGUGGCGGAUGGGCUGCCGGCGGUGGUGGGGCGCGACGACACCCUCGCCACCUCUGCAGACAUCCCCCCAAACAGCCUGGACCCACGCGCGUUUGGGUUCAAGUUCAAACACAAGCACGCCACUACUGUAACAGGGUACUGGCCGGGGGAGAUGAAGGAGUAUGGGCACCUCUUCCUACACACAUGGGAAAUUGAGGAAGCAUACGCAGCCCGGUUUGGCGCACACAACCUGUCGGGCGCUUUCACACACAAGGCCGUCAUCUCCUCCUUCGUCCAGGCUCACGCACACGCCGCUUACUUAGGGUUUGGGCCAGUGACGGAGAUGACCUACCCACUGGUGCAGCAGUCUGCCUACACGGACGGCCACCGCUGGACGCUGGGCCUGUACCAGCUCAACACCUGCGCCCUGCACUCGGAGCGGCCUGUAGAGAACACCCACAACAACAUACUGUGGCUGAGUGAGGAGCAGCAGCUGUUUGAGGGCGUGGAUGAUGGUGGGGUGAAGGGCCUCAACACGCCCCUCCUGGCCUCCCUGCUGGCCAUGUACCUCAAGAGGGGGGUGCCCAACGCUGAUGCCACGCCCUAUCUGGCCCUCAAGCACGUGUCGCAGCACCCCGCCCGUGAGGAGUAUCGUGAGGAGUUCCACAACACUUACCUGCGGCUCUGCUCCAAUCGCCCCCGCUCUCGCCUCAAGCCGGAGAUGUACCUGUGGGAGAAGAUCUACAAGGUGGACCACAACACACGGCCCCUUGACACACCCCGCCGCUUCUUUGAGGACACAUACCGCAAGAAGGACCCCGGCCAGCGUCGUCUGGAUGACUACAGCCCCGUCUACAUCCCCAAGGACAAGCGCAUACAUAAGAGGAUCAAGUUCAAGCCCAGGCUGGACUCCAAGCACCUCUACAAGUACGACCAGAAAUUAUUGUUCAGUUUACGAGUGCCCAAGGAUGUUGCUCACCCCAAAAAAGUAGUUUAACGGACCUCAGAAAAUAGCUUAGUUGACAACACAGAAAAUACUUUAAUUGCCCUCAGAAAAUAGCCACUCAGCAAAAAAUAUAAAUAACAUUAAAACAUGGAAAGAUGGGCAACAGGAAGACUACUGGCUCAUUAAGAGAUUGCCCACUCUAGUGAUAUGAUCUGCUUGACAGUCACAUCAUAGCUGCAGACCAGAUCAGAGCACAUUGGUAUGAAGGUUCAGUUUACUCCUGUUUCACCGAAGUAACGGUCGAUGUGAUUUUUGAAGGAGUUGCUUGGAAUCAUAAUUAUGUAGGAGAAAACCUGGAAAUGGAUGAGAAAACAAGUGAAAGUACACACACACACACACACACACACACACACACACACACACACACACACACACACACACACACACAUAAUCAUUGUUACAGUAAGAAACUUGUUGUUAAUAUGAAGUUUGUAAAUAAAACAAUUGUGUUCA